AUGCCGGCGGCAUUCGCUCAUGACAUCGUCCUCCUGUCUUCCUCCUCCUCGCCACCGCAUAUUCCCGAUUCCGACAUCAUUUCCACCCCGCCGCACUUGCGCCACGAACAAACAUCCCCGCUACCGCCGUUCUCCGCACACGCGCAGCCGCACGCUCGGCCGUUUGAAUCGCCGUUAGCCUUGCGCGGUAGCUCGCCGAGUCUGCCCUCGCCGUCGGCAUUGUUUAAGAGACCACCGCCGCCGCAACUGCCGCAGCUGCCGGGCCUGAAGAGCGGGUCGCGCGCUGCCCGCAUACCGGAUGGUGUGGCGUUCGGCUUCGCGAGCGCGGGCGCGUUGGUCAGAGAGCGCGUGUUGAGCCUUGAGGAGGAGAAGGUGGAAGAUGGUGGCCAGGAUACGCGCGAUGGUAGUGGUGAAGGCGCUGGUGGCCCGGCGAAGACGAGAAAGCGCGCAGCGAAGAAGGCGGACCGAGAAGGGAAUGAGGCUGGGACGAAGAAGGCGAGGAGGGGUAAGAAGAAGGAUGAUGUGCCGCCGGUAGUGGAUCGUGUAGAGGGAACUGAGGUCUCCAACGGUCGCGAGGAUACUACUGCGGUGGAAACUGGAGGCGCAGAAAGGCCGAAAGGACGGAAGAGCAAGGCAGUCUUGAACAACUCCGAGUUGAUCAGAGAUGCUUUGGGCCUCGAGUCUGCAGCAGAGGCACCACAGAGCAAACCGCGCGCAGGCGGAGCCGUAGAGAAGCUGAAGAAAAGAAAAGCCAAGAACGACCCAGCUCAAGUGUCGGCUACUCCUCUGGACAGUGGAGCAUCAACCGAAAUUGGUCGUUUCGACUCUUCAUUGGACCAACCUGCACAAGUACAGCCCGUAAGUGCUCAGAAGACGUUGGAGAAGAAGCCAAGAGCGCGAAAGACGAAGAAGCCCAACGACGAUCCGGCCGAGGCUCCAAAAGACGAAACGGUGGCUAAGACAUCAAAACCCUCGAAAAAACAGCCUACAGUGCGCAAACGCACGAAGACUGUUUUAAAGCAUUUUUCGCCAGACAACUUGGUUGAUGCCCAAGCCCCCAAGGCUAAUGAAGCGCCCGCGCCAGUCAAGAACCCGGAUGAACCUCUUGAUCUUCCACCGGCAACGAUACGCAGACGGAGUUGGACCCCUCUCAAAGAUACGAAGUCUUCGCCGAAUGGAAAUGACUCGUUGAAGCCGGUUGACCUAUGUGAGAGCCCAUCCGAGAAGACUCCAGCUGUCGCAGGCACCAAGCCGUCAUUUACAGAGCUAUUAAAUGGCUUUGAGUACAGCGCACAGGCGCCUGGUUCCACUGGAGCCGUGACUUUACGGACGGAGUCUGGUGAGGCCUUCACCAAACGGAGGAAAUUGGAGUUGGUCGAGAAACCAAAUCAACCGGCUGAAGUCACCGUUUCUGAAUCCGUCGAAGAACCACCGAAGAAGCCUGGAAAGGCUCCAAAGAAGAAGCCCAGGACGAUCACUGACUUAGUCACUGCUGCUUACCGCCCACCUGCACCUGCUGAAGUCUCUGAGUCGCACAAAGCUCCUAUUGAUCCUAAGGUAUCCGCGUUUUUCGCACCGCCUGCUGAGCCUACGUCUGGCACCGAACGAGCCGCUGGUCAUGGAGCUGAAAAGCCCAAACGCGCCAGUCGAUCCAAGAGCCCCACGAAGAAGACGGAAAGCAAGGCCAAGAAACCGACCGCGAAAUCUAAGAAAGCUGCCAAGCUAGUAGCCGAAAAGCUACUGUCGCCCGAGUCGGCAUUGCUUCGUGUAAAUCGCCAAGAUGUUCUGUUUGGUACAUCCUCUCAGCUUGCUCGAGAGGAAUCGCCCACUUUCAUCAGAGAUCUCCAGCAAGCGAUCCGAGACUCAGAGACGCUGGGUUCACAGAAGAGCAGCUUGGAAACUCUGCACCUUAAACCAGCAGUAUCUGGAUCCGGUCUGUCGCUGAUGGGUCGGCGAAAGGGACUGUGGGCAGCAGCUUCCAGAGAUCUUGAGGACGGUAUCCUCGAGGAGGAAGAGGCCUCGACCAUCCAGGAUGGCGGAAAGGACAUUUUCGUGGAAGACAACAUGGAAUUUAUGCCUGACGACCGAGAGAAGGCUCUUUCACCAACCCAAGACCAGACUGCGGCUACUUACGUUGAUCCAAACGAGCAACCUACGCAACAGCCACAGAUGACCAGCCCGGCAGACGAAGAUUUGAUUGACGAAGUCAUUGGCCUGCCUGAAGCGCCAUCUGGCCUGCUGGUCGAAGACGAUGCUUUCGAAAGCUUCCCUAGUGCUCAGCCUAAUCAGCCAUCAUCCGACUAUAUUGAUAUCGACGAGUAUGAUCGCCAACUCUCCCAACGGCCAACUUCAUCAACUCUGCCAACAUCCCAUUCCACAUCUCAGCUUUCACCCACUGUUCGUCGAACUGCCUUACAGCCACUUGUGACACGUCCAAACAUCCCUCUUCUCUCGAAAUCCGUGUCGGACGUUUCCAGUAACCGUGGCAAGGCGACAAUGGCGACAAAGGCAGCAGCAAGAACUAAGAAAACCAUUUCCGAAGCAGAAGCGCCCCCCACAAAGCGGCCGAGAGGCAGACCACGCAAGAGCGUUGAACCUGAAGAGCGUACCCAGCAAGGUCUUGGUGAAGACACGCUCGUCACCCAGGUCACCUCGCCGACCAAACGGCCUCGUGGUCGCCCGCCCAAGGCCGCUGUGGAGGAAAAGUCGAGCAGUAGAACGUCAAGUCCAGAGAAGGGAGCUCGCUCAAAACGAACGACGAGCCCAUCAGCUACACCGAAGAAGCGCACGACGAAGACGAAAGCCGCAGAUAAGGAAGAAUGGCCCGACAUAGACGAAAUCGAGGAUUCGCAGGAGGAAAUCAGUCCUUCACCACGACGCCACGUAAAAGCUGGCGCGAUACCCGAGCCCUUGACCUUGACUCCAUCGCAAGAGGAACCCGGCAUGACGGUCAUCCCCGAGGGACCUGCAAUACCCGACCCCAUUUACAAACCUCGUAAGAGUGCUAAGCGUGAACGAGUCCCGCUUUAUUACUUGGAGGACGUCUUUCUUAAGGUAACUUCGGCCGUGAAAGCUUGCCCGCCGUCAGACGAUGCUGUAAAGCCAUCGUGGCACGAGAAGAUGCUCUUAUACGACCCGAUCGUGGCGGAAGAUCUGGCGAAGUGGCUUAAUGAUCAAGGUAUUCAGAUGGUCGUAGACAUUCCUGUUGUGGAGAAAAAGAGGAAGAAGAAAGCAGCAGAAGACGAUGACAACACCCCGGUGAAUGAGAUAACCUUCCACAGGGAGAUGCAGGAGUUGCCGGCUUGGGUUGUGCAGAAAUGGUGCGAGGAGAACAGUGUGUGCUGCAUACCCAAGGAGAGUCUCUGGAAAGGGGGAAGAAGAGCGAGGCGUUAA